GGCGAGCCGUGCCGGCGGGGAGCCUCCGGAGGGGUGCGUGUGAGCGGGAAGCGUGAGCCGGCAGCGUGUGAGCAGCGAACCGGGCCGGCGAGGGGCGGGGAGAGGGGUGCGUGUGAGCGGGGAGCGUGAGCCGGCAGCGUGUGAGCGACGAGCCGGGCCGGCGGGGAGCGGGGAGAGGGGCGCGUGUGAGCGGGGAGCGUGAGCCGGCAGCGUGAGCCCGGGACCUGGGUCGGCGGGGAGAGGGGUGCGUGUGAGCUGGGAGCGUGAGCCGGCAGCGUGUGAGCGGAGAACUUGGCUGGCGCGGGGCGGGGAGAGGGGCGCGUGUGAGCGGGGAGCGUGAGCUGGCAGCGUGUGAGCGGCGAACCGGGCCGGCGCGUGGCGGGAGGCCCGGGGAGGGGGGCGGGGGGGCGUGUGAGCCGGAUAAGGGGCUCUGUCAGUGGGACACGCGGGCCGGCGCCUCGGGGCGUUGUGAGCCAGGCCUGCAGCGAAGGGGGCGUGUGAGCCGGAAAUGGGGCCCUGGGAGGCGGGAGGGCAGGCGGUCACCAUCUGGCCUGAGGAGCACGCAGCUGGCGGUCGAUCCCGGGCCCCCUCCGCGUGGGUCCGGCAGGGCGCCCAGAGAAUGCCCGGGGGCUCCGGCGGUGGGCUUGGCCGGUGCGUGCGUCCUGCCGCCACCGGGCUGCUUAUUGUUUUUAAUUUGAAGACAGUGACAAUAUCCUGAUUUUGCUACCCUACACUUUGGGUUCUGAAGUGAGUUUUAUCUAAAAAUUGCUGCAUAAUGCCAGAUACAAGCAGCAUCUGAGGAAAUUUGCAGCAGUUCCAAGAGGAGCAUAUUGCUUCCAUAAGACGUCAGAUGGAACUCAGAAUUAAAGACUUGGGAUCUGAACUCUCCAAGAGGAAAACUUUUGAAGAUUCUAAUAAAGCAGAGUUGGAAAAAUAUAAGCAACACUACCUAGAGAAACUAAAAGAAAGUCCUUGGAAAAGAAACUAGACAAGACUAAUGAGCGCCUGGCAGAGAUCAGCACCAAACUUGAGGUGGAGAAACAGCAGAAGAGAUCUUUACUCAGCACUCCUAGCAGCACGCUAGUCCUGGAGCCCUCUUCUGUUGGAAAUUUCAAUCCUACUUCAGGGUUCAAUGCAAAUCUUCUUUCAGGAGCAAUUGUAGAGUUUUCUACCUCAAUUCCACACGGUUCAAAUGACAGCGUGGAGACUUACUUGACCGAGGUUAACUUCGAGGAAUUUAAGGACGGUUUCAUGGCUGUGUUGUCAUCACAGGCUGGUCUUGCCUCCUCAGAUGAAGACAGUGGGCCUUUGGAGUCAGUUGCCUCCCAGGCUGUGCCCUCAAAGGCCAUGAGCAGCUCUAAGUGGUCCGGCUGUCGGAGCCAGCCCGAGCCCUGUGGCGCUGCAGGUGGAGCCCCAGGUUUACCGGAGCAGCCGGUCACACCCAGUGUGAGAAGCCAGCUCUGCUGCUCCGCGUCCCUGGAAAGCGUCGAGAGUCUCAAGUCUGAUGAAGAAGCCGACAGUGCGAAGGAGCCUCAGAAUGAAUUGUUUGAAGCCCAAGGAAGCAGGUGGAGCAGAUGGCCAGGGAGCGAGAUAAGGUGAGACAAGACCUGGAGAAAGCUGAGCAGAGGAACCUGGAGUUUGUGAACGAGUCCGACGACCUCCAUUCCGCCCUGGAGCAUCUCGCGGAGGAGAAGGUCAGACGCCUGGAGCAGGGCUGCCAGGGGAGGAUGAUCCUCCAGUGGUCCGAGGUGGAGGUGGAACGCUCGAAGUUCUGGGAGGAGGCCAAGCGGCAGAGGGCCAGGCUGGAGGAAGACCUGUGGCACCUGCAGGCGGAGGAGACGGGCCUCCGCGAGAAGCUGACCCUGACCCUGAAGGACUGAACCCUCCCCGCGGCCCUGGGAGCUUGACACUAAAGAACGUUUUCUGCAGCCACAGAGAGAGCCCAUUUCUCAGCCGCAGCGGAAGCGUCCUGGCUUCUCCAAGAGAGUGCAGCCCUCCUCUGCAGCUGUGUGGGCUGCAGGAUGGGGGCCGCGCCUGCCUUCUGAUUGUUUCCUGUGUCUGCGGACACCACCUUCCAGGUUUUCCACUGAUCACGUUAAAAAAGAAUCAAGUUGGAAAAGCUUUCUGAAGAAAUCACGCUCUUGAAAAAUGAGGUGGGGAAGAUCCGACAAGAGCUUGAAGCCUCAGAAAGGACAGAGGCUGCACAGAGGUGGAUUUUUUACCGUCUGAACUACCAGGAAAUGGAGUGUGGGCAUCAGAUAAAUGGACUCUUUAGAAAUCGUGAGCUUUCCUGGACACGCCCUUACCUUGUGGGGUGGCCUACCAGCUGUAUGGAGCCACCCAGAAGCUGUGGCUGGCCCGGUCCCAGCACGCCCAGCGGGUGCAGCAGUCGCAGGAGGAGAUGGCACAGCGCAUGCCCACAGGCCGCGUGGCCGAGCUGCAGCAGCUGCUGGAAGGGGAGCAGCGGGCAGCUUGGCAGCUCCAGGAGGAGGCGCAGGAAGCACAUGAAAAACAGCUGGAAGCAACAGAAGAGCAGGUGGAGGAGGUGGAGAUGACUUUGAAGAACAUGGAAGUGCUCCUCCAAGAGAAAGUGGGUGAGCUGAAGGAACAGGACUGCCCUCCACUUGGCCUGUGCCAAUGGCCAUCCCGCGGUGGUGGCCUUCCUCCUGAAGAGAAGAUGCCUGCUUAACCUCUGUGACAGUGAAAACAGGACCGCGCUGAUGAAGGCCGUAGAAUGCCAAGAGGAGGAGUGCGCGACUCUCCUGCUGGAGCACGGCGCCGACCCAAACCUCACGGAUGCCAAUGGCAACACCGCGCUCCACCACGCUGUCUUUUGCCAGAAUAUAUCACUCGCAGCAAAGCUGCUUUCCUAUGACGCCAAUAUAGAAGCCAGGAACGAGGAUGACCUCACACCACUAUUAUUGGCCAUAAGUGAAAGGAAACAGCAAAUGGUGGAAUUUUUAGUAAAGAAAGAAGCAAAUGUACACGCGGUUGAUAAGAUGAAAAGAACCGCCCUCAUCCUUGCUGUCAGUUACGAGUCUAUGAGUGUCGUCAGCCUUCUCCUGCAGCGAGGUGCUGACGUCUUUUCUCAAGAUGUCUUUGGACGGACUGCAGAAGAAUAUGCUGCUCUGAGUGGUUUUAAUAUCAUUUGCCAACUGAUCUCUGAAUAUAAAGAAAAGAGGCCUAAAACUCCUCCCGAAAAGAGCAACCCAGUGGAUACGAGUUCUGAAGAAGACUCUUUAAGCAGGUUUUCCAACAAACCUGGUGCUGACUCAUGGCCUCCGUCAGAUGAUGAAGUCUUAGAUUUUGAGACCAAGACUGAUCAUCUUCCAGCAGAGCUGGAAGCUGCGUGUUCACAGUGUCUGCACCUGGAUGCAACAUAUCAAGUUCUUCAACGGGAGUUGUUAUCAAUGAAAGGAUGGCAAAGGAAGUGUGAGAAACUAGAGAAAGAGAACAAGAAGUUGGAGCAAGAAGUAGUGAAACUCAGAAGUCAUAUGGAACUGAAGAUGAUAGAACACCCUCAAGUUGAGCAGUAUAAACGGGAGAUUGAAGAAAGAGUGAGACGGGACCUCGUAGAGAAAUGGAAAGAAGUCAACCUAUUUUUGCAGACACGAGCAGCAUGUCAAGAAAUCUCAGAGCAGUUCCGAGAGGCGCAUAUUGCUUCCGUAAGAAGUCAGAUGGAACUCAGAAUUAAAGACUUGGAAUCUGAACUAUCCAGGACGGAAACUUUACAAGAUUAUAAGAAAGCAGAGAUGGAAAAAUAUAAGAAACUCUACUUAGAGGAACUAAAAGUUAGAAAGUCAUUGGAAAAUGAACUAGACAUGAAUAAUGAGAGGCUGGCAGAGAUGAGCACCGAACUUGAGGUGGAGAAACAGCAGAAGAGAUCUUUACUCAGCACUCUCAGCAGCAGCCCUGCAGUGACCCCUGUGGGACCUUCCCCGUCUAUGGGACAUAGUUUGGAAACUAACACUGACGAGAGAAUCCCUCUCGAUGAGACGGGAGUUGGACAGGAGUAUAACUAGAGAACUAAGGAAAGUUGAGGCUGAAUUGGCAUCUGAUGCCUUUCAAGUGUCUUCUCGAAGAUCUUCAGAUGGGUCAAAUGUGUAUGAUGACCAACUUUUGAAAGCAAAAGCAGAGUAUCAACAGAUUUUGUUUGAAAAAUAUAGGAUUUAGAAAGAUAAAUAGUAAACAUUUCCCUACUGGACUGUUUCCAUGACAUUUCAUUGUUUCCCAUUAAAGAUGAUGAGA